AUGGAUCAUCCGGUACUGAUUGGUUUACGUCGUCCACUACUUCAGCUCUUCGCCAGAACUGUACCAAGGAUACAUAAGAAGAUUUUAUCUGCAGUGGAUGAUCAGCAUUCAUUGGAGGAUAUUCCCAUACAAAUCCAUUUACAUGGAAUAGAUCCGUUGAAUCAGUUCUUGACGAAUAAGGAUGUAUUUUUCAAUGAAAAUAUUCCUUCAAUAGAAAUUGGUGGCGUUUGUUAUGAAUUUAUUCGGAAUCCACCUGAUUGCAAUGAAAUUGAUAUAGAUUUGCUGCCAAUAGUUGAUUGUCCAGUUAUCGCAAAAUAUAAUUUACGUCCCGGAUCUCCGACUUCAGUAAAUCCAAGGUUCUUUUGGUAUGUUAGUGAAGAAGGUGUACCUCUUGCAUUACCAGAAAAGACAACAGGCUUAGAGAGCUGCGCAUAUUCGUUGGAUAGGUGGAAUUUCCGAUAUGCCGGUCCUAUAUUUUAUCCAAAAUCGGAGGAUAUUGGAAAGCAACUUUGUGUGGUUGUCGAUUUGGGACCGAAAACUAUUAUUCGUUGUGUGUUAUCAAAGGAUUUAAUUAAGGAUAGACCUUCCGAACCCUUAAUUUUUGAAGAAAGGCAAGCUCAGCAUUGUGCAGAAAGUGCUUCUAACGGAUGUUUGCGUGUUAUGUCGUACAAUGUUUUAGCAGAUUUAUAUUUAGAUUUAAAUUUGCCACAGCAAGAUCUAUUUUUUUCUUAUUGUCCGGUGCAGUUCCAGAGUUUUCCUUACCGCUAUCCUCUUCUUCUGAAAGAAUUACCAGGUUAUAAGGCAGAUUUGAUUUUUCUUCAAGAAGUCGAUGAUCGGCUACGUUCUCGUUAUCUUCCAGUUUUUAUGAGAGAGUAUGGUUAUGAAUUUUGCUUCAAAAGAAAAGGAUUGUUAGUUACUGAAGGAAUGGUGACAUUGUACAAAACUAAUAAUUUUAGCCUUAUAGAUUCACAUGAUAUUUGGCUUACAAAUUUGUUAAAUGCAGAAGAUUAUCCUGAAAACCAAGAUAUAAUAGAUUUACUCGAUAAAAAUGAAGAAAUAAAGGUCGGAGUCAUGCAAAAGCCAGCUAUCAUACAGUUGAUGGCACUCAGAUGUCUUUGGGACAGUUCUUCAGAAACAAUUUUAUUAACGGCCAAUACGCAUCUCUAUUUCAAUCCGCUCCAUGUUAAUAUAAAAGUUCUUCAAGCACUUCUUUGUGCUCGUUACAUUUUACGGAUUGUGCGGAAAUACAGAAAAGAAGAACCAGAAGCUAAAAUUCAUUAUAUUUUUGCCGGCGAUUUUAACGCAGUUAAAAAUGAAGGAGUUUAUGAACUGCUUUGUGAUGGUUACUUGUCGAAGGAACAUCAGUGUUGGCUAUCAAAAGGUUUGUCUCUUCUAGAUGAUAUUUCUGUUGAUAGAAUAGAAUAUUCUGGUGAUUCGAAAAGAAAAAAAUAUUUUUUCAAUCUAACUGGUGACGUUUCCACAAAUUAUACUCGACAUCAGAUUAAUAAUAUUGAGCGUGGUUUCGAUGGCUGUUUGGAUUAUAUAUGGGGAAGUCAGAAUAUACAGGUGGAAAAUAUUAUACCUAUGCCAUCAGAGGAUCUUGUUCGUAAAUAUAUCGCCCUGCCAUCAAAAAUAUGCCCAAGCGACCAUCUGCCAGUCGUAUGCGAUAUUAUAUUGACUUAA